AACAGCAACUACGGCAACACCAGUGCUGGAGGCUUGAAGAGAAAGACGAACCCAAAGAGGUGUAGUUUUUCUUAUGGAAGAAUAUCCAGUUAUUUCAUGAUGGCAUUUGCACCUCCAAAAAACAUAGGUGGUCCCAAAAUGCAGACAAAGAUGAGUACCUGGACACCCCUAAACCAUCAGCUUUUGAAUAACCGGGUAUUUGAAGAAAGAAGAGCUCUGCUUGGAAAAUGGUUUGACAAAUGGACAGACUCUCAAAGGAGAAGAAUCCUGACAGGGCUGUUAGAACGCUGCUCCCUGUCACAGCAAAAGUUCUGCUGUCGAAAGCUUCAGGAAAAAAUUCCAGCAGAAGCUCUGGAUUUUACUACCAAGCUUCCAAGGGUGUUAUCUUUAUAUAUCUUUUCUUUCCUGGAUCCCCGAAGCCUUUGUCGUUGUGCACAGGGUAUAUGGAAGAAACACUAUAUUCACAUGGUGAAAGAACUCCAUGUUACCAAGCCCAAGACACCUCCAAAAGAUGGGUUUGUGAUCGCUGAUGUUCAACCAGUUACAAGCAGUUCUCCAGAGGAAAAGCCGUCCCCUUCAUCAGCUUUCCGGUCCUCUUCCUCUUUAAGAAAGAAGAACCACCCAGGGGAGAAAGAACUCCCACCCUGGCGAUCCUCUGACAAACAUCCAACUGAUAUCAUUCGCUUCAAUUACCUGGACAACUGUGGCCCCAUUGAGCAAAGCUGGCAAGGAAGAAGGAAAAGACACGAAAUGACCCCAGAUUUCAACCGACAGUCACAUGAUAAGAAAAAUAAAUCACAGGACAGAUCUAAACUCAGAAAAGCACAGUCACUGAUAUCCCUAAAUGCAGAACCCAGCACCCCCCUACACAUUCCAGCUCAUCUUGCUUGCCUUCCACAUCGACCAGUGGGGCUCCCAGCCACUGAAGCAGCAACGAAAACUCUCAUGCAGCAUCUCCAGAGACACUCUGGGCUUCAAUCAUUACCCCAGGCCUUCCAGCCAAAGUUGAUUUAAAAAUGUGAAAGGAUUUUUCUAGAAAUGACAGGCUGCUCUACAUGGAGAGUUGGAUGUUACUUGGCUCCUUGAUUAGAAACAGUUUAGGUACCUUAUUGUGAAAGUGAGUCCUACAGUAUUUCGGUAAAAGGUAUUCAUGGCACAGAUGUUGACGUAUUUACAAACUGAGAAAGAAAUGUGAUGAUAGAUACCAUGCGGUUGAUCAAGGGACAUAUGAUAGCACCGUUGGUGAGACUGGGUGUGUGAGGCAGGGUCCCAGAAGGAUACGGCCAGCACAUUCCCAAGGCUACUUGAGCAGUUUAAUGACGGGAGCGUUUACCAUGGUGUCUUAGUUUUCUAGGGCUGCCGUGACAAACUACCGCUGUCUGAGUCCACGCAGGCUGCUAUAACAAAAAUAGCAUUGACGAGUGGCUUAUAAACAACAGAUGUUUAUUUUCUUACAGUUCUGGAGGCUGGGAAGUCCAAGAUCAAGGUGUGGGCAGGGUUGGUUUCUUCUGAAGCCUCCCUCCUUGGCUUGCAGAUGGCCAUCCUCUCCCGGUGUCCUCAUGUGGUCUUCCUUCUGCACGUGUCUCUGUCCUAAUCUCCUCUUAUUAUAAGGACACAAGUCAGAUUGGAUUAG